AUGGCAGCGGCGACCUCCUCCCCGGAGGUGGAUGGCCUCGUUGGGAUCUGGGGUAGGGGAUCUUGGGAUCCCACAAAGAUCUCCGGCGGUGAAGAUCCAGUCGACGAUGAGUUUAGGCAUUGGCCAACCAACGUGGACCCCGACGUCGCAUUCUACCUCGAGAUCGCCGCGGUGGUCGCCGUGGCGUUGAUCAUCGUCGCCAUCGCCUCCCGCGGUGUCUGCGAAGGAGCUGAAGACAUCUCUGCGGGCACUACGGGGCGCGCCGCGGUGCACGCCACGGACGUCGAGAGCGCCCUCGGAGACAUCACUCUCAUGACGUACGAGCAGGCGGCCACCGGGAAGGUGAAGGAGGAGGAGCGCUGCGCCAUGUGCCUGUCGGAGUACGGCGAGGACGGCGAGCUUGUGCGGGUGGUGCCGGCGUGCGGACACUUCUUCCACGCGAGGUGCGACGUUGACAGGUGGCUCCGGAAGAGCCGGACGUGCCCGCUCUGCCGCGGCGGGCUCUGGCCGGAGUGCCCGCCGAUGCCACCGCGGCAGGCCAUCCCACUAGUGUAGGCCGCGUCUCUGUUUCAAUGUCCAAUUGGUAGGAUUUGGCGAUCUGCAGAGCA